GAGGGAAAGUGUGAUAAAGGUGAUAAAGUCCUGCCCGUCCAGGCGAUUCAAAGUUCAGUGUAUCCACAGAGAAGAAGUGCGACAGGUUGCAGUCUUCGUUCAACACCAUCAUGGCUCAAUACACUCGUGUUGCGGGGUCUGUCGGCUUGAUAACGCUACAAAACCCGCCUGUUAACGCACUCAGUGCGAUGGUGAGGCAAGGCAUCGUUGACACGAUGGAGAGAGCCCUCAGUGCUCCAGAAGUGAAGUCUUUAGUCAUCUGUGGCCAGAAGGAAACAUUCUGUGGAGGAGCAGACAUCAGGGAGUUUGGGACAAAGAUGUCUGGUCCUCCGCUGAUACCGCUGAUCCACGCCAUCGAGGCUUCAACCAAGCCGGUGGUAGCAGCCAUAGAGGGGGUCGCUUUAGGUGGAGGCCUUGAGUUGGCGCUUGGCUGUCAUUAUCGCAUCUCACAUUCUAAAGCCAAACUGGGGCUUCCAGAGGUGACUCUGGGUCUACUGCCAGCUGCAGCGGGAUCUCAGCGACUGCCAAGGCUCAUUGGGGUCCCAGCUGCCUUAGACCUCAUCACCACAGGCCGCCACGUGACUGCUGCUGAGGCACUGCAACUUGGAAUCGUGGAUCAGGUUACUGAUCACAGCACUGUGGAUGCAGCUGUGAAGUUUGCCUUGAGUGUUGCAG